AUGUACGGAUCGGCCCAGGAGGAUGGCGGUGGACACCCUUAUCGUCUCAUCCACGCCAUGCUUGAAUUUCAGGGCAAGAAAAUUCACACGACGGGAGAGUCCGCAGGAUACCCGGCCCAGGCCAAAGAGCCGGAGCCUCAAAGGGGAUGGGGCGUGCCUCGACGGACCCGCGCCGCGAAGCCUCCCAGGCAAAGGUCCCUGGAGUUCAUAGGCCUAUGUUGGACCUCCAAGCUGAAGCCUCGAGCCAGGCGGCAGGCCGGAAACUUGCUCAGGGCUCCGGGGCUCUUCGCAUCAGGGAAUCUUCGCACACACAUACAGAGCUACAAGUACGUAGCUCAUGGGUCUUGGCAGCUCAUUGGUCUUGUGGCAGUUCGGACCGCGGAAGGAUCUGGAGGUGGUGUGAAGGAGGAAUCUCCUGCCGAUCAACCUGCGGAGGCAGCUCCUUGGGCUUUUGAUGGCGAAUGCAAGGAAGCCGCCGUGCCCUCCGAGCCCGACAAGGAGGAGGUAACCAUCUACAGCCUGCGGGACCAGAGCGGCCUACUAACGUACUGCCGGGAUGCCAAGGUGCGGCUCGUCCGCGCCGAUUUCCUCCGGGAGCUCCUGGCAGAGGGCCGCACCAUGCCCCGGCGCCAGGAAGCCGAGGGGAUGCGGACCAAGGACGGCCGCCCGGCCCUGCUGAAGCAGGAGGAGCUGGAAGCCAAACUUCCAGGCGGAUGGGUGGACAAAACUCACCGCUUCUCGGUAAUGGCUCUCUCGCACUCGUGGGAGAGCCGCGAGAUCCCAGACUUGGACAGGUUCCAGCAGGGAGCCCCAGCCCAGCGACACAGGUUCUCCCUCGCAAUCUGUUGGCUGUGUCCCGUGUGCCUCGUUGUGGGCUUAAGUCCUGUAGAGAGACGAGCUCCUCUUUUGUCACUUCCGCUGCAGCGCCUGAGGCUGCGAGUGCUGGUAGAAGCGCUGGACACCUUCGCGGAGAUCCUGCAGAAGAUCGCCCCAGCCCACAAACUCGCCAAGGACUGGGAGGCUGCCAUCUUUGUGGAUUACAUGUCCCUGUACCAGUUCCCGCGAACUGAAGAGCAGGACGUCUACUUCGCGAAGGGCAUGGCCCACAUGCACCUCCUCUACGCGCAUGAUGAGACCUGGUCGCUAAGGAUCGAGGACCUGACGCCGGGCCUCCACGACCGGCCCGGGCCCGAGCUGCCUGGGACCGCUAAGGUCUUCUACCUCCCCGACAACGCCGUGACGGACGUGGCGCUGGCCGAGCUGCGGGACACCGACGAGACAGGUAGCUGCGGUGCCGGAUGCCACUUCGGCUGCAGCCCGCCCUGCCCGCAGCUGCACCGGAACAGCACGCCGUACCUGCAGCGCGGCUGGUGCAGGGCGGAGGUGCAGUGGUCCUUGGCCCGUGACUGCCCCUGGAAGAGCAUCAGGAUCCCCUUCCGCGAAGGCCGGAACUGCGAGGCGCCCAUGGCGCCCGCGGAGUUCCGCGCCGAAGCGGAGAGGGGGACCCUGAAGUUCACCCACAGGUCGGACCUGGAGCCGGUGCUGCAGCUCCAGGCCAAGGUCUUCCGGGAGAAGGCGGCCGAGGCCACGGUGCUGAGUCUGGGGCAGCUGCCCGAAGCCCAGGUGCAGGUGCUGGCCCGGGCGCUGCCGCACUACGAGCGGCUGGAGGUGGUGGAAGUGGACGGCAGCGAGCUGGCCGGCGAGGCCUUCCAGGCCCUGGUGCGGGCGCUGCCCUGGAGCCGCCUGCGGGAUCUGAGGCUGACGGACUCCGGCUUCGGAGACGCAGAGGCGAAGGCCCUUGGAGCUGGUCUGGGCGGCCACUCCUCGCUGCGGGUGCUGUGGCUCUUCGGCAAUCGCAUCGGCGACAGCGGGCUCCAGGCCUUGGGAGGGGGAAAGGCCAUCGCGGAGGGCCUGGCAGACCACAAGGGCCUACGAGACCUUAUCCUGGCCAACAACGGCUUCGGCGAUGCGGGGACGCAGGCCCUGGGAGAAGCACUGAAAGCUCUCCCGAACAUCCAGGACCGCCAGUUGCCGGUCUCCGCCGGAAAGUUUGUAAAGCCCCGCCCGGCGAAGGAGCUGAAGCUGCAGGAGAACGCCAUCGGAGAUUCUGGAGCCCAGGCGGUAGAGUCCCAGAGUCGGGGAGGCUCGCAGGAGAAACUGCUGAAGCGUUGGCAGACAGGCUAUCUGCAAUACCCUUGCUUCACCGACAACCCCCUUAAGGAAACAGAACUUGGCUAUCCUACAGAAUCCCCGGAUAAGGGGUACUUGCCCGGCCAGCCCAUGGUAUCUGCACCGUUUCCAAACGAAAGCAAAGAGUCCUGUACAUUCGGUCGCCUGCGGGAGGCGCUUGGAGCUGGUCUGGGCGGCCACUCCUCGCUGCGGGUGCUGUGGCUCCACGCCAAUCGCAUCGGCGACAGCGGGCUCCAGGCCUUGGGAGGGGGAAAAGGUUUGGAGUCGGCAGGCCCUGAAGACAUUUUGGACAUCCGGCUGCGUGAUGGCAAGUUUCAGGGCCGAAGGUUCACUUCUGCCCGUGCGCAGGCCAUCGCCGAGGGCCUCGCAGGGCACAAGGACCUAAGAAACCUAAGCCUCUCCAACAACGGCUUCGGCGAUGCGGGGACGCAGGCCCUGGGGGACGCUCUGAAAGCUCUCCCGAACAUCGAGGAUCUGAGGCUGGCGAAGAACGCCAUCGGAGACUCUGGAGCCCAGGCUCUCGCUGCUGGCCUGGGCGGACACGCGGCCUUGAAGGCGCUGAUGCUCUACGGAAACCGCAUUGGCGACGGUGGCAUCAAGGCCCUGGCCAGCGCGCUGCGGCCACAUGCGAAGCUCAGCGACUUGAGGGUGUUCAGCAACUCCAUCACAGAUGCCGGGCUCCAGGCCCUGGCCGAAGUCCUCCAGCACCUCACUCAGAUGCAGUAUCUCGGCUUGCGCGACAACAGCUUCGGCGAUGAUGGCGCGCAGGCCUUGGCCGGGGUCCUGCCGCGACUGCUGCAAUUGACCGGGCUGACCCUGAGUCAGAAUCGGAUCAGCGAUGCGGGAGCCGAGGCCUUGGUCCACGGCCUCCGCGACAACAGGGUGCUCAAAAUGCUCUGGCUCCACGAGAAUUCUCUCAGCGACGCCGGCGUGGAGGCAGUCGCCGCUGCCUUCCGGGAUCGUACCAUGGAAGAUCUGAAGCUCCGCCCGCAGCGCUAG